AUGGGGUAGAAGAAGAUGAAGACCGCAUUCGUGUUGAGCGGGGUGGACAGCCAUGCCGAGGAGUGUCUGCGUUGCCUCCACGUAAAUGCUGGCUACAAACAUCCAGCGUAGGUCUCCACCGAUGUCUGGCCCAUCACGAGACACAGUUGAAAGCCAGACGGAAAGCAACCCAGAUACGAACGAGGAGAACCAGAUUCUACGAAGAAAUCCAGUAGGACGCCGUGCAAAAUGGCUCUAUCCGAUGCUCCUAGCAUUGCUGGCGUUGUUCUUCGGCGUCAUUGGCACACCAGUCGUCGUCCUGGCGCUAAACAGCGAAAGCAGGCUAUCUCUGCAUCACAACGGGAACGUCACAGUUUCGUCGGAAGACACUAGCCAUGCUGGCCUAUCAAGACAGACACUCGAGGAGGACCGAAAAACGAACGCGCCGCGGAUGUCUGUCGGUAUCAUCUACCUCACCAUCCCUUCCAGGCCUCGGGGAACACGGUCGAGUUCAACAGACAGAACGCGACGAUCUCAUCGGCCGCUGAGCAGGAAGGAGAAGCUCUACGGCCCGAGAGUCGAAGAGAAGCCUGGUGACGAGUCGGUCCAGAUUCUCAGAGACCAUCCGAUACCUGCUCCGAAGAAGGGCGAUACCAUCAGCAAACUACGCGAGCACGAGCAUUACAAGAAGCGAGCAGGCAGACAAGAUGCGGGAGACACGACUGGCACCUCAACGAACUUCACGUCCGCCCUCCCAUUUAAUUCAGCAUCAGCAUCCGGGUCUACUGGCUUGUCCAGCUCGAGCGCUGCUUUUACUCCUGGCGUAUUGACGUUACACACGACUCGGAAGAACCUGUCGAUUGCAAAACCAGCAUUACAGAUUCGCCACAGAAGACACGGUCGCAGACACUUUAUACAGAAGCGAGUAAGAGCUGCCAAGACAACGCAUCAUUCCAUCAAGGACCGGCAUCGCUGGCCAGGCAGAAAGAGGAAACGGAGAACUACUAAACGGCAUACCACGACACCCUUACGGCUACGUGAGACAGUAAACGCCUCAAUGGCAACCACAGUUCCCCAGAGCGUCCUUGACACACGCAACGCCACAAUCGCUGCUUCGAUCGCUGAACUGAAAUCCACGGAGCAGUUAAACACAACGGACGGCGUUUUCCGUAAUAGUGUACCAGAUCACGAAACGACCAACGGGAGUUAUGUGAAUGGCACAGCAAGUACCUCGUUCAAUGAUUCGAGAAGUCUAACCGAUACUGCUCAAGGCGGGUCCACUGGUGCAAGAGCUAUCCAUGAAACAUAUCACGUUAAUGGUUCGAAAGAGAUCGCCAGCAGCGUGCCAUAUCUAGAAGACGUGUCGGUGGAUCUGCUGAAUGCUUCGGGAGAUUCAGUGGAAAAUGCAACAGACUCAGAAAGUGUAGCAAAUCCAUCUGAUACGACGAGUGAUAUUUCCGGCAGUGCCACUAACCUGACAAGCACUACUGCGCACCUACUGAAAAAUACAGGCAUCACUGGAGUACCAAGCGACUUUGACGUCACAGAACUUGCUAGUACUGCCUUCACAGAAUUUGACGAACAGACGAUAACUGCAAACACAAGAAAGGACGUGGAAGGGCAGGUUUCCGACAAGGACCAGGCAAGGGGAAGGACAAAAGGGAAUGGGGGGAUGCUUGAGGGGGUCGUACGUCAGUCGCCGGAAGAAACCGUCACCAGCAAAUCAGUUGGAGGAUUACGGCAACCGAACAGUAUUGCAGUGAACAAAAGUGGGAUGUACACCGUCGAAAAGAUGCACAACGAAACUCGAAGCAGUGACGCAUUCCAAGACGUACUGUCGCUUCGUAAUGUCACAACAUAUCAGCUAUUAACUAGCACUGUCACCAUGGCAGUUCGCACUGCCAGAUCCCAGUCUGGUGACCGCAACUCUGAACAAUGGAUCAGCCGUGUUCCGGCUGGUGGUCACAGUCAAAAGACAAGUUACCUGAACCUAGAGCCUGCGAGCACCUUUGCUGCAACGACUACCAAGAAGGGCACCACAGGAGCGACCAGGAAAGAGGGUGGUACACUACACAACACUGGUACCACUGCCACGGUAAGGGUAGAAGCCAACAAUCAGAGUGUGGGCUCUCAUGAACCACCAAAGUACCAUGCCAACGGUGUCGUAGCAGGGCGGAGCAGUGCAGCUUUAACGGACACUACUUCGGCGUUCGCCGCAGAUACUGAUGAAUAUAAUGACACUGAAAUCAUGAGCAGCAGAGCAGCGACGGCACACAGCAUCGGUAUUAACAGAUCCUCCGUAGGGCCAGAGUAUGGCGAACCCAUCCAUGGGCGAGUUGCAGACGAGAAUCGUUCUACGAACGGGACCAUUAGUUUCCUCGCUGCGUCCCUUCCUGUCGCACAGCAUGCCUCCUCUUCAGCAAUCAAAAGUACAAGGGCUCCAGGGGGAAGUGACGCCAACGAAUAUGGGUCCAAGUAUUUUCGCUCAUCUACCGAAAUAGCGCACUCUGUCUCACGAGGUAGAAGUAAGGAUAGUUCGGUAUUCGGGGCCUCCGUUAGCAUGGUGUUGCCUUUCACGUUGUCAUUACGAAGCGCAGCACAGACCGUCACCUCAGUGUCAGGGAUCCCACUCAGGAAUGACUUAGUAUCGCCUAUACCCUCAAUUACGACUGAAGACAAGGAGUAUGAUGAUAACGAUACUGGAGACACCACUGCGGUAUCUGGCUCAUCUGACCCAAAGAUGCCCACUGCAUUGAAGAAAGUCCCGAAGGGUAACGCAAGCACUUCUGGUUCUACCAUUUUUCCCAAACGCACGGAGUUAUCAAGCGUGACACCCAUCACGAUAAGCACGAACCUCACAACACGACGUCUGUUGAUUUCUGGUGGGACCGCGUACGCUUCCAAUAUAACAACUAAAGCUACCGAUGGUAACCAGGGCACAUCAAAAAUCGCGCGGCGUCAGAUCCAGUCCAACCUGUCCCAAGUGACAAGACGAGCACUGUCCGAAUCCCUCAGGACUGAAACUUCAACUACAAUCAAGCUUACCACUUAUGCGAAAGGAAGAACAACAGACCAACGGAUGAACACCAGCAGCACUCAACUACCGGGACUCUUGUCCCCGCGCAACUCAACGAGAACAGGAACCACAAAGGUGACCGAAGACGAAGAUCUCCAGUGGAUGGCUAACAAAGGCAGUACAUCUGCAAAGUUACCCACAGCCAGCGACAAGCACUCUUCUCAACCUACCGAUUAUUAUGACGACAACACCACAUUUAUCAACGAACCUCCAAAAGGUACGCCUGGAAGGCAGGAAACAAUCCAGAAACGCCGAUCGCAAGGAGAGUUAGGCGAGCCCGUCAGGCUAAACAGUAGCACUACAGCUGCUUUGCAUACGGCUUACUACUACGAUGACGCCCUGUCAGAGAGCUCGUCUACGAAGACAACAGAGACUGACGAGGAUUCGCAGUAUCAAAACUCCCCGGAUGACAGUUUCGACGAUCUCUUCUACUAACAAAUUUAACAUCUUGAACCUUCAACAAGUUCACGCUCUGUAUUUUCUGUGUUUGUAUACCGAGGAAUUGACUACGUGCAUUGCGUAUAACGGAAGUUUCCUUUUGAGAGUAACGAAAACAACGCCGAGCGCUGACACGAAUCAUUUGUUACUAACGGGUGUCGUAAUUAAACGAAGCAUAGCGGAUCUCGAA